UUCGUAAUAACCUCUCUUCCCAACUUUCAACAACAAGUACAUCUUCCGCCAUAUUUGUUGUUUUGGACUAACAGAAAAUGUUUUUGUUAAUAAUUAAAUUAUAGUUUUUAUAACUUAGUUGUUUUAAGUUUAAAAAAAUAAGGAGAGGCAACAAUGUCUGUCGACAGCGUUGCUAAUAACUCAUUUGAUAUGAGGCAGAAUAAGCUUAUGGCCGGCAACAAUAAAAAUUUAUUUGCUCAAGUGACGCAAAGAUUUGGUGUUCUUGCGGUUCCUGGUCAAGGAUUAAAUGACAUUUCACAAGUUACAGAAGAGAGCACUCAAACAAUUUCUAAUUCCCCCUUAGAACAAGUUAGACGUGAUGCUGAAUUCAUGGCGGAAGAUGUCGUUUUAAAUUUUGUGGAAGAAAGUCCAAAAAAAGCUCCCAACAGAUACUGUAAAACCUUAAGAAGAACUGUAAAAGAACUGUCUGAUCGACAUGAUUUAGUCUUCAAAGGAAUGGUAAACAGAUUAAAACUAGAUGAAAAUAAUGCGUUUCAAACAUUUGUUAUUGUCGCAGAUGAGAUAUUUGAAGAUGGACAUGUGAACUGGGGAAGAAUAGUUGCUGUUUAUACCUUUGCCGCAAGGGUGGCUAAAUAUUAUUCAGACACUGUUAGUAAAUGUGAGAUUGAUAAAGUGAGUGAUCCAAUGGUAAAGACGAAAUCUCAACAAAAGAAAAUCGCACUAUUUGUGGGAAAGUAUGUUGCAAACAAACUUGGAAAGUGGAUUCUUGAUCAUGGAGGCUGGGAUGCUUUUGUUGAGUACUUUCCAGACCAAGGAGAGUUUGAAGAGAAGAUGUGGAAAGGUGUGCUGUUUACUGCUAUUGGUCUUGGUGCACUUGCUACUGUUGUUGCCUCAAGAUAAAUCUAAUUAUAGAUUUUCUAUCUUAAAUUCUUUGUACAUGCACAUUAUUAUUUAUGGCUGUUGCAGGAAAAGUACCAGUAAUUUUUUUUAUAUUUGGAGGGGAAAAUGUUCUUAAUUUUCCACACUUAUAUUUUUUAAAAGUCUCUGAUUUAUUUUUUUUUUUUGAGGGGACGAGAAACCAUGUGUUAUAUUCAUCACUGUUAAGGAAAAUAAUAAUAAAACUGUACAAAGUUUAUGUGCAAUAAACUGCACUCAGUGUGGUUGUAAAGUUACAUAAAUAUUUUUUUCUCUUUUUUUUUGUUGUCAAUCAGAAAUGAGGAAAUAGGUUUAAAUUGGUUUUAAGUUUAUAUGCUUCCUUGAUCCCGCAAUGAUUAUGUCUAUUCUGAUAUAGGCUAAUUUAUAUUGUAUUGAAUAGAAAUAGUAAUAACAAAUUAAUAUUAUUUAACAAUAUUGCUUCUACGUCUGUUAUAAUGUAUUUUUUUUUUUUUUUAAAUGAAUGCUUCAAUUUAAGAAUGUUAAUAAUAUCAGUACAUAAUUAUAGGAAUAUCUUUUUUUUUUAAAUAUCGGUAGUCAUAUUUAUACUGUUUUCAUGUUUAUUAUAUUUCUGUUCAAAAUAUUUUAACUUAAUGAAUGUUUUAUUUAACAGCAAAUGUACCAAAAUUAAUUCUAUAAAUAUUCAAAUGAAUAAUUAAAAUUAGACAACCUAGUAGUCUGUACCGGUACCAAAACUUUUUUUUUUAUUCAAGAAAAAUCUUUUGUGCUGCCAUUCCUGCAAUGCUGGAGCUAAAAUGAACAUCCUAAUCUUUGCCUAAACUUUCUACAGAUUCUUAUCUGGUAUUUUAGUCCCCCCUUGUUGUCAAUAGCAUAAAUCCUUCAGCCACUUGUUCGCACUACACUUUUAGCAGACUUUAAUAAAAAAAUAUUGUUGCCGAGCCUAUUGGAGAAACAAAAAUUAAAAUAUCUAGAUACUGGUAUGUAUUUUUUAAAAAGAUUGUGAAAAGAAUAUCAUAAAAUACUACCAGUAAUGCAUAGCUAAAAGCUUUUUUUUUUUAUUAAACAGUUUCUAAUUUUACAGGGAUAAAUGAAUGUUUUGCUAAGUCGAGUAUUUCCAAAUUUUUUUUGCCUGAAGCGUAGAAAACCUGUUUGACAUUGCACAAUUCUUAAAAAAAAAUAAUAGAAAUAUAUUUUAGCAGACAUUACAUUAACCUUUUGUAAAAACGAGACAUAAUGAAGCCAGAAAACCCUAAACUAGUGAGAAAUCUCUUUUUUUUUUUUUUUUUUUUAAAUUUAAGUAAAUUCUUUUUCAUGUCAGUUUUCAUUUAUACAUUAUCUUUUUUUCUGUAAUAUCUAUGUACAAAAUAUAAAGGCACAUAUAUUCCUUUAAUAUCCCAUGCUUUAAUACAUCAUCAUGUAAAAGACGGCGUAUCUGAUCCAAACUAUUUUUCAGGUGGCUUUCAACAUUUAGGGCUAGAGGUAUCUUGCUAGCAAAAUAGCAGGUUGUAGAAUUCUAAUGUCUUCUAUAAAAUAAUGAAUAAUUGGCAUUCAUGAAAGGAAUUUUAACUAUCAAAUUUAAGGAGCAUUGUGGGUUAAAUCAUCAAGCAUGGGUAAGGUCAUUGUAAUAAUAUGAGAAAAAUCAAAAUGAGAGGACAUUAGUAAUGUAAAUAAAUAUUGAUAUACAACUAUUUUAAAGUAUAAAAAGUAAUUGGAAAGAAAAAAAUAUUUUUAAAUUUAUUAAAAGUUAGUAUAGUAUCCAAUCAGCAUAAAACGGUUACCUACGCCUCUGGAAAUCAUCAACAUGCGUAUAUAAUUUCCACUUUUGUUGUUAUUGUUGUCUAGUAUUUGAUAUGGAUAUAAUUGAAUUUCAGUCUUGUUUAUAUCAACAUAUAAAUAACCACUAGCAGUAGAUGAUAUUUCUUGUUGUAAAUCUCCCAUAUAUAUAUAUAUAUAUAUAUAUUCCUAAAGGCCCCAAAAAGCAACAUUUCAAAAUCUUUUUGUUUAAAGCAAUAUAUUUUUCAGGUUGCUGUCCAGGCUGAUGAAAAUUUGCUUGGCAGCUUGCAAUUUUUUAAAAUUUCUGCAACUUGUACAGAUUUAUCUGUUGCUCAUAAACUGAUUAAAUAAAAUUAAUAGAUUUGCUACAUAAGUGGUUAACGAAAAAUGCUUAAACCGGUUCUUUAAGGUUAGGGUUAUCCUAAGUUUACCUAGUUGCUAGCUGUGAAAGGUAUUGGAAUUUUUUUGUGUGUAUAGUUUGUAAUUUUAAAAUCUGGAUAUAAAAACCGUUCCAUUCCAAUUAAAUAUUUUGUUUGGUUUUUGCCUUUUUUUUUUUUUAGGACAUAGCUUUUUUUUUUAUUUUAAGGACAAUUUUGGUUUUUGUUGUGUUGUCAAAUCAGGUAGAUUUUGAAAUAAAACACUGCACAUUUAGCAA